AUGAUGAAUGAGAUUUUUAGGGACAUGAUCAAUGAAGGCGUCAUCAGUAUCUACAUGGACGACAUCCUGGUUCAUACGAAGGAGCUAACACAGCAUCGCGACGUUGUCAACAGAGUUCUAAAACGGCUCCAAGAUCACGACCUUUACCUCAAGCCCGAGAAGUGUCAGUUCGAGCGUGACAGCGUCGAGUUCCUGGGACUGGUGGUAUCACACAACCAGAUGUCGAUGGACCCCGUCAAGUCCUUCAUUGGUUUCGCCAACUUCUACCGCCGCUUCAUUGCUGACUUCUCGUCUAUCGCGCGUCCACUCUUCGACCUUACAAAGAAGACAGUGCCUUGGGAUUGGGGUCCCGAACAGGAAGAAGCGUUCAAUUGCAUGAAGCAGGCCUUUACGUCCUCCCCUGUCCUCCUGAUGCCCCGCGCUGACCAGCCAUUUUGGGUAGAGUGCGACGCUUCCGACUUUGCCAUAGGCGCUGUCCUCUCCCAGGUUGGGGACGAUGGGGACUGGCACCCGGUGGCUUACCUCUCACAUGCACUAUCACCUCCCAAGCGGAACUACGACACCCACGACAAGGAGCUCCUCACAAUCAUCCGCGCCCUAGAGAAUUGGCGUCACUACCUUGAAGGAUCCCCACAUCAGGUCGAGAUCUAUACGGACCACAAGAACCUCGAGCACUUCACCAAGAUGCAGAAGCUGAACCGACGUCAGGCCAGAUGGGCCUUGUACCUCACGCGCUUUGAC